CGAGUCCACGACCGACGACGGCCGGCCGUGGCCGAGCUCGCACGAACGAUCUCGUCGUCAUUUCGUCAAGCUCCCGAGCCUCCGAGGACGCCCAUGGUGGAUGCCGAUGCUCCGUCCAUCCAUGGCUUCCCUCACACAUGUGUCGAUUUCGCCGCCGCGGCGCGCCGGCACGUCGCCCUCAGGCACGUUUGCCCCGUGCGCAAGAUAGGCACGCACAACUACCGUCCGCUUCACGGCAGCACCCGGCGAAGAAAGGAAGAAAGAAACAGGGCCAUACAAAAACGAUAUACGUCGCGGUCGCGCACGCGUAUAUAUGCGCACCACACGCGCGCUCGGCUCGCGCACGCGCGGCCUCCACACCCACCCGCAACGCAAGCCGCCGGCCUCGGCUUUGUUCGUCCUCGACCGAUCGCCACGCCGCGCCGCCGUCCGAUGGGCGUCCACGCGCGCGCCGUGCUGCUGGCCGUAGUCGCCGCGCUGUGGUGCCGUGCCUCGGGCUCGGAGGCGGGCGGCGCCGACGUGCUGAGUCGGGCGAAGCGGCCCGAGUUCGCGGCGUGGAUGGCCGGCGUGAGGAGGGCCAUCCACGAGCGGCCCGAGUUGGCGUUCGAGGAGCACGAGACGAGCAGGCUGGUGAGGAGGGAGCUGGACGGCAUGGGCGUGCGGUACGAGCACCCGGUCGCCGGCACCGGCGUCGUGGCGGCCGUUGGCACCGGGCGCCCGCCCUUCGUCGCGCUGCGCGCCGACAUGGACGCGCUCCCGCUGCAGGAGGAAGUGGAGUGGGAGCACCGGAGCAAGGUGGGCGGGAAGAUGCACGCCUGCGGCCACGACGCGCACACGGCGAUGCUGCUGGGCGCCGCCAGGAUCCUCCACGAGCACCGCAACGACCUGCAGGGGACGGUGAUCCUUCUUUUCCAGCCGGGAGAGGAGGUGGGAACCGGGGCCAAGAAGAUGGUGGAGGCUGGCGUCGUGAACAACGUCGAGGCCAUCUUCGGGUUCCACGUCACCGUGAUCCUCCCCACCGGCGUGGUUGGGUCGAGGGCCGGCCCGCUGCUAGCCGGCUGCGGCUUCUUCGAAGCGGUGAUCACCGGGAAGGGCGGCCACGCCGCCAUCCCCCAGAGCAGCGUGGACCCCGUCGUGGCCGCCUCCAGCGUCGUCCUCGCCCUCCAGAACCUCGUCUCCCGGGAGGCCGAUCCCCUGGACUCCCAGGUCGUGACGGUGACGAGGUUCCGGGGAGGCGGCGCGUUCAACGUGAUCCCGGACUCCGUCACGAUCGGCGGCACUUUCCGGUGCUUCUCCAACGACGGGUUCAUGCGGCUGAAGCGGCGGAUCGAGGAGGUGAUCGUGGCGCAGUCGGCAGUGCACCGGUGCGCGGCGGCGGUGGACUUCCACGCCGGCGGGCGGCCCCUGCUGGCCCCGACCAUCAACAGCGCCGGGCUGCACGCGCACUUCGAGGCCGUCGCCACGGAGAUGCUCGGCGCCGGCGGCGUCCGGGGCGCCAUGGAGCCGUGCAUGGGGAGCGAGGACUUCGCGGCCUUCUCCGAGGCCGUGCCGGGCUCCCACUUCUACUUCGUCGGGAUACGGAACGAGGCGGCCGGGUCGGUGCACGACGCGCACUCGCCGCACUUCCUCGUCGACGAAGGCGCGCUCCCGUACGGCGCGGCGAUGCACGCCAGCCUCGCCAUGACGUACCUGCAGCGCCGGCACGGGCGCGUGGACUCGCACGAGGAGCUGUAGCCGCGCGCUGCUGCCUGCUGGAUGCGGCAUGCGACGAGUUGCGAUGCGGCCUCGGCCGGGCAAGGGCUGCGCGCGCGCGCGCGCUCUGCGGCUCGAAGAACCCAAGUUGCCGCGGCGAUUAUCACCGUCGAGUACUCUCGUCGGGAGUCUGUUGGGAU